AUGCCGCGCGCCCUUUCCGGCCGCCAUCCGGUCCGCUGUUCGGAAGUUGCCGUCGAUGACGUUUUGUACGCGUUUGUGUUUCUGAGACUGUUUCGCUGUCGGCUCGUGGGCAAACGCACGUCCGAGAGAAAUCCGAGAGAGAUAAACCGCCGUGUUCGAUUGUGCGCGGCCGAAACAGAAACAGCGGCGGAACCGCUGGUAUCGGAAAACGGAAAAGCGCCCGGAGGAUUUAAUAGUCGCGGAUAUCCGGAAAUCGGCCGCGGCAGUGGGCGAUCCGUCCCGUGUCCCCUUCGGAUACUCAUUUGCGUAAAGUACAAUAUUUUAUAUAAAUCCGGUAGAUUCGACGGUGAUUAGCGGCGGACACUUUACGCAAAGGGGCGCGACGAAGAAAACGCUGCGCCCACGCAGGCGAACGGUAUUGCCCCGCCUAACGCAGACCACGAGUACGCUUCAACUCCGGGCAAUAACUUUUCACACCCGACAACAAGAAGAGACGAUACCGGAAGGGCUAUGCGAUGUGACACGCCACUGCGGGAGACGCUGUGCGCGAAAAUACGGGGUGGCGCCUCCGGUCGUUUUCAGCCGUUGUCCGCCGUUAUCAGAGCUGGAUCAAAGACAUUUUUCUGCUAUCCGAAAAACGGACUCGCCGGCACACUUCCGCGGCGUUCCGCGGAUAAGAGGAAAAAAUGA